AUGACACCUCGAAAGCAAGUGAGUCCGUGGCAAUCAAUUGUGGCCGGCGGCGCGGCAGGGGGGUUUGCAAGCCUUCUCACGCCAACAGCUGCAAAGCAUAAAGAUCAACCCCGUUUAACUUCUAGUCAGCACCAUUCGACAACAUGGCAUCGCCAUCUGUAUACCGGCAGCAUGGCAUUCUGUGUGUCCAACGCCUCAAAAUCCGAAAUUCGUUUCUUCGCCUUUGACACUGCUCGCAAGUACAUGCCCACCGAUGCCAAAGGCAAGGUCUCAUCUAUUGGAAAUCUCUUCGUAGGAAUGAUGGCCGGGGUCGCUGGAAGUCUGGCGGUCGCCACGCCGGGCGAGACGCUCAGCGCCAAGAUUAUCGACGAUCGCGCUGGAGCCAAACAAUACCGAUCGGCCACCCACGCAACCAGAAGGAUCACGGCAAGUGAAAGCAUCUCCGGGCUCUAUCGCGGGGUGGUUCCAGUCACGAUGAAGCAAUCUGCGAAUGCGAUGACGCGUCUGCAGGCUAUCGUGAGCUUGGAGCGUUACAAAGGCACGAUGGACUGCGUGCAGUCAGUGAUCCGCAAUGAGGGAAUCGCCUCGUUGUGGCGAGGAUCCACGCCUCGAUUGGCUCGAUUGAGUAUCUCUGGUGCCGUGAGUUUCACGGUUUAUGCAAAAGUCAUCGAGCAAACGAUCAUGUGA